AUGGCCUCUCUAUCGUCUAACUCUUCUCCCUUAAUUCCUCUUUCUUUAACUGCUGUAAAUCCUAAUUUCACUCUGAUGCACUCGAUCACGAUUCAGAAUAUUGGAAGCAAGCUCAAUCUUGCUUAUGAGCUCUGGCACGAGAAAGAUCAGAAUAUGAUCAUUUGGCUCAACUCCACUUUAUUUGAUGAUCUCAUUCAUUUUACUGUUGGCGUUACCUCUGCUCAUGAAUUGUGGCAAAUUUUGGAAAAGCGAUUUGCUGGUGUAUCGCGAUCUCAUAUUCAUAAACUCCAAUCUUGUCUUCAAUCAGCUCAGAAAGGUUCUUCUUUGAUCUCUGAGUAUCUUCGGCAUAUUAAGUCGAUUUUCAAUGCUUUGGCUGCCGCUGGUACUUCGGUGGAUGAAUCUGAUCUUAUUGCUAUUAUUCUCAAUGGAAGUGUCUAUGGCACACAAGAAACACCUUCAAUCCUCUCCCUCAUCUCAGGCUUUUUUUUCUCACCAAGCCUUGCCACCACAACCACCAUUACUCCUUACACCUACUCAACCUCAGGCAUAUUCUGCUCACCAGCAACAUUAUCACUCAAAUUCUUUCAAUCGUGGCUGAGGUCGAUCUAA